AUGAAAGAAUGUAAUUAUGCGCAACUUGCGAAGAACUUUAAACUCAAACGAUACUUCGUGAGCACGAUCCUGCAGUUCCAGAUCCACAGAGCCCUGUGCACCAGGACUGGGCAGUUCAUCCCCGGGGAUCCCUCGCGACCUCUGCACAAAUGCGACAUCUACAGGAACCCCGAGGCUGGAAGGAUUUUAACGCGUCUGAUGGAGCGUGGAUCGUCGGCACCCUGGGCCCAGGUCCUGCAGGAGAGCAUCGGUGAGGCCAGACUCAGCGGUGACGCUUUGCGCGACUACUUCAGACCCCUGGAAGAGUGGCUGCAGAGUGAGAACCUGAGGACUGGCGAGUACCUCGGCUGGAGUUAUGACGGUGACUACUGCAAAUUCAGCAUCGAAACCGCUGGUCUGCAAGUCUACGGUGGAUUUUACAAUGCAGCCGUCAGAGGAUAUGACGUCACCAGCUUCAUAACACUUUUGGUCGCUUCGAUUACAACGACUGUAUUGAGUGUUUUGCGUUUGCGC